AUGUCAAUUUCAAAUCUUACAUCAAUAAACGAUGCCGAAGCAUCCAAGAUCCUUGCACAGCUCCGUGACCAAUCUCUCAAGCCCAUAGUAGUUCGUCGCCUCGUCUCCAAGCUCACCGCAACUUUGACAAAAUAUGUCCUCAAGACCCCGGAGCCCGAAGAGCAGGUCGCAGUGAUCGUCGUUCUCCGAUCUGGACUCGCAAUGGCAGAGCCUUUCCUCGAUGCAUUCCCGGAAGAUUCAAAUGUCGUGACAUACCACCUUGGAUUAUACCGCGAGAAACAAUCUCUUCGCCCGGUGGAAUAUUACAACAAACUUCCCCGGAAGAAUCCCAAGAUUAAAAGAGCCUACAUUCUUGAUCCACUGGUGGCUACUGGAGGGACCGCAAGAGCAGCGAUUGAUAUUUUAAAGGACUGGGGAGUGGAUCAAAUCACAUUAUUUGCUUUGCUUGGCAGUGCCACGGGCCUUGCGAACGUCGCCAGUGCGUAUCCCGAGUGCACGGAGGUAUUUGUGGGCGCGACAGACCCGGAAUUGGAUGAUAAAGGAUACGUGAAACCAGGGCUAGGGGAUAUUGGAGAUCGUCUUUUCGGUACGAGCCUGGAGUAA